AUGACCUGCAGGAAUUUUCUCAUUGACACCGGCUCCGAUAUCUCAAUUCUACCGCGUAUUUUCGGUAACAAAUCGGCCGGCCCGUCCUCAUAUCGUUUAUUUGCCGCAAACGGCAAUCCCACUAAGACUUUCGGCCAACAUCAGCUUAGCCUGAACAUUGGCCUCAGGCGCAAUUUCACGUGGCCAUUCAUAAUUGCCGAUGUAGAUAAGCCAAUCAUCGGCAUAGAUAUUUUAAAUUACUACGGUCUCAUUAUUGAUGUUAAAAAGCGCAAAAUUAUUGACGAAAAACCCCAACUGGGGGUUAAGUGCAAUUCCAUUAUGACUCCAUAUGAACGUUUAUCCACCAUCAAUGUCGGGAAUAACAAUAUGGCUGAUCUCAUUAGCGAAUUCAAGGCUCUGACGCUUCCAGUCCCAUCUCAUGACAUUACUCAUCAAAUCAUUACCACGGGUCAGCCUAUAUUUUCGGCAGCACGUCGUCUCAACCCGGAGCGACUUAAAAUUGCCAAAACAGAAUUCGAAGCCAUGCUCAAUGCUGACAUCUGCAGUCCAAGCAAAAGUGCAUGA